AAGUAACUCUUGUAAUGACGGUCUCAAGUAGUAACUGUUGUAGUGAUGGUCUCAAAUAGUACUUGUGGCAGACAGCCACAAGUGGCACCUGAACAGGGACAAACAGGCACAUCAGGGACAAACAGAGACCUGAAGAAACCUACAGGGAUAAAUAGAGAUAAGUAGGGAUACAUAGAAAAACCACAAGAUAAAUAGAGAUAGAGACAAAUAGAGAUAGGUAGCGAAAGACAGGGAUUUGCAGGAAUUCACAGGAACUAACAGGGACCAUACAGACAGAUGAGAUAGAUAAAGACUAGCAGAGACUAGCAAAGACUAGUAGAGACUAGCAGAAGCCAGCAGAAACUUGCAGGGACAGACAGGGACAGACAGGGUCCUAUAGGGACUUGAACGAGGAAGGUCUGCUGGAACAGAAAAAACUAAAAUCAACCAGAUGAACGAGAAACCCCGUUACAAGUCUGCUGGCAGCAGCAUAAGGUCAGUGCUCUAAAAAGGUACUGGUCAGUGCCCUAGAGAUACAAAGAAUGGGAAGUUUUUGAAUCAGGGUAAGAUGGGGAAUAAUUUUGUUAUUUCUUUUCUCUUUUUUGUUUGGAGUUUGGUACAGACCAUCUUUUUGUUACUAUUUCAGGGUUUGAGAGAAUUUUUUCCCCCACCUACAGCACCUAUCAAGGGUGGUGAACAGGAAAGGGAGGAUGAAAAUUGGCUUGUAAUGUCUUCUUCUGUGGCUGCGGAAAUGCUAGCUUUGACUUUGGCUCUAGCUUUUGAGAAUGCAAAUACGGAUUGCAGAACACCUGGAAGCACAGGAUUAGAUCUCCAAGUCAGAGAAUGGGUUGCGUUAGUUGGAGGAGAUAACCUCACUAAGAUUCCCACUGGUAUUUGGGGACCUUUGCCAACAGGACACAUGGGAUUAAUUUUGGGUAAAAGUCAUCUUAACUUACAGGGAAUUACUGUAGUCCCAGGAGUUGUUGAUUUUGAUUGUGAAGGAGAAAUUCAGAUAGCAGUGGUAAUGUCACAAGAUAUUUGGGUUUUUGAACUGGGAGAAUAUGUUGCUCAACUGUUGCUUAUUCCCUGUAAAUUGCACCCUUCUUCACGAAAGGAGAAAUAA